UUACUUAAACAAGAAAAAUGGCGGCAUGCUCCCUGUUUUUAUUUUUACCUGGUAUAUUGGUUUUCUCUGUUAAUAUUUAAUCUUUUCAAUGUGACAAACAUAUAAUUUUUUAGGUUGGUAAAAAAUGCAGCGAGUAAAUGAAAGCAAGAAUAAAAUUUUGGAUAUCCUAAAAGAAUUUGAUAUAGAUACCAAUUUUCCAGCAUACCUUAUUGAUCUCCUUGCAUACACCGGAUAUUCUAAUCAUAAAGCUCUCAGUUUAUUAGACGACGAAGACAUCGUAAAACUUGAAGAUUUUGCAAGAAAAACUUUACCUUUGUUACUUACAGAAGAGGAAAAAAUAAGUUUUUUUGGAAUUUUAUUAGAAAUCUUCCUGUGUUUUGCAUCGUGGAUGGAGACAAAAAACUACUACAAUUUUUGAGAACAAAAUGUAAAGAAUUUGAAGAAAAUAAGCGAAAAAGACUGAAUACUAACGAUAGAAUAAAUAAUCGCCAAACAAAAAAAAAAAGAAUAUCUGAGACACCAGGUACAUCUCAAGCUACAUUCCGAGGUACAUCCCUUUCUAGUACGGCUUCUGAUAAUGACUGCGCUUUAUCUUCUGAAGAAAAUAACUCGGAAAAUAAUGAAAGGAUCCGAGAGCACAUAAAAUUGGUUGUUCGCUCCUAUCAAGAAAAAUUCUUGAAAAGCAUAGGAGCAGAAGAAAGUUCUUGUCUUCAGGAACAAGCAACUAACGAUAUCAUUGUUGAAGUCAAGGAUGACGUGGCGUUUAUUCAAUGUAGUCGAUGUGAUUUUAGGUCAAAGGCAUACUGCGAAAUAGAUAAGAAGAGAAAUAAAAAAAGUGGGUCCUUUCAAACGUCAAUAGGCACUUUAAAACUCAUUUUAAAUUACCCUCCGAAAAAUCUACAGUUAAAAAAAAAUAAACUCGAAUAUAAGAAAAUAUUUUUUACCGUCUAAUUCAUCCUUGCCACCAGAAUGCCCAAAUUCACGCCCAUUAACAAACAGAGAAAUAGACUUAUCAGAAGAACAAUCUCCAGAAACUAUGCAGGAAAUCUCGCAGGAAAUAGACUUUUCUGAACAGAACUUGGAACAGGACAUAAAUCAGGAUAUUUGUAAUUCUGUAAUUUCAAUAGAUGACAGCAGAGGUGAAACCGAGGGUAAAACGGUGUGUAACUUGAAUAUUUCGCCGGCUGAAAACACGCCUAAAAGUCGUUCAAGAACGGAAAAAAAAUUUCCUACCAAAAAUUAAAUUUUGAUUCUAGUCAGACUAAAAUCACCGACUUUUAUAAAAUUUGUGAAGAAAUAAAAAGUCAAAUACUUAAAAACGCAACGCUAAAUAAAGCUUUUUCAACAUCAGCAAACAUUUUUUGUGAAAAUAGACAACCAGAAAUGUUAAAUAAUGAGUGUCAAAAACUUGGCCCAGAAUCGUUUUUUGAAAUGCUUAUAAGAGCCGUAAAUAAAAAUUCUUCAGAAAGCUCUUCUGCUAAUCGGUACCCAGAUGAACUAAAAAAUCUGUGCCUUUAUUUGUUUUUAACUUCAGGGCGUCUUGCAUAUGAGACUCUGGUAGCUAAUAUUCCAAACGGACUUCCUUCUGUUUCAACUUUAAGUAGAAGCUUGUCAAAAAAUUAUGAAAAAUGUGGAGAAGGAGAAUUAGCAUUUGGUCAGUUAAAAGAAUUCUUAGAAAAAAGAAAUUACCCUCUUCGGAUUUUUAUUUCAGAAGAUCAAACGGCUAUUGUGAGGCGACCGCGUUAUGAUCAAUCAACCAACCAGUUAGUAGGCUAUGUUCUUACUAAUUUGGAACACACUGGUUUUCCGAAGACGAAUCAAAACUUAAUAAAUUCAGUCUCUAAUAUUAAAAAUAUUAUAGAAAAUAGCGAUCUUGCAAAAAAUGCCUAAGUUUUUAUGGCUCAGCCUUUACAAGAUGGGGCUGCCGCAUUUUGCUUGACUUUGUUUGGGAGUAAUAACACAUUUACACAUGAAGAUGUAUUAUUAAGAUGGAAAUAUAUACAACAAGAAACCACAAAUUACAAUAUUGUAGUCGAUGGAAUUUCUUCUGAUGGGGAUUCUCGUUGCUUAAAAGCCAUGAAAAUAAUAGCCGGACUUCCUGCUUUCUCCAAACAAGAGACACCGUAUUCACCAUACUUUCAGGCAAAUUUUGACAUAAAUAAUCUAGUGCCAAUGCAAGACACAGUACAUAUUGCCACUAAAAUGAAGAACAGAUUAUUGAAUGAAAAAAUUGUGUUGAAAAUGGGAAAUUACGAAGUGUCGAAGGAUCAUCUAACCGAUUUGAUUAACACUGUUUCCAAAGACAAACAUUUAUUAUGCCUUAGUUAUCUGGAUAGUUCGGAUAAAAUGAAUUUUGAAGCCAUCGACAAAUUGUCGUCCACUCGUGUGAUCAGCUUACUAACCAGUGAUGUAUGCAAAGCUACCCGUCAGUUGCUUGUUCUCACUCGAUACAUUUUGGAUUCAUACUUGGAUAAGUCAUUAUCAAUAGAGGAAAGAGUUUACUUAAUUUGGUAUGUAACGCUCUUUUUACGUCUAUGGAGAGCUUGGAUUAAAGAACAAAGCAACUACACCUUGGCAAAAAAUUGGCUCACUCUCAAUACAUAUACUUGCAUAGAAUUAAAUGCACAUGGUUAUAUGAUCCUCAUUGAAAAGUUUAGAAGCAAUCCUGAAUUUGUGUUACCAUGGAUUUAUAGCAGCCAACCGUGUGAAAAAUUCUUUAGGCAGACGAGGUCGAUGACAUCAACUUGGUCAACUGUCGUAAAUUUUGACAUGCUGGAUUUGUUAAGAAGAAGACACAGAAUUCAAGCUAUAAAUAGUAUAAUAAACGAUUCAGGAGACAAAUUCGUGUUCCCCAGAGAGAGAAACAAGAAGCUAGGUGCUAAUUUAAGAAACAAAGAAACAUUUAUUCCGCCAACCGAAGAAUUACGAAAUGUUAUAAUAAAAGCCAGAGAUGAUGCAGUCAAUGAUUGUAAAAUACUAGGAAUAGAUAUGUUAGAAAAUCAGUGGGAGGCAGCUUUAACGGAAGUCUCUAUUCCAAAGCAAGAUGAUUCUGACCAUACAGACAGCAAUUUUUUGCUUCAAUCCAAUGUUGCCUCGACGGCACUUCAAGAUGAAGCAGAACAAUUAUCAGAAACCCAAUUAACCGCAAAUGAAGAAGAUAUACAAGAUAUUAACAAAGAUGAAGAGAUUUUGCAAAAUUUUACAUCCUUAGAUAUAAAAGACCUAAGCGGAUGCAAAACAGACAUAUCAGACAUCUCUUUAAUCAAAAUUAAAAUUAAUGAUAAAGAAAUGGUAGUUAAAAAAUCAACUUUAUGUUGGCUGUUUUUCAAAAGAAAAGGACGCUUGUCGAGCGAUAGGUUAAUUCGAUGCAAAGCUACGAGUGGACCAACGAGUUCCUCAAAAAAAAGAACAUCAGGUAUUAAUGAAAAAAUAGGCAAAAAAUGUGUCAACAACCGGGCCAAAAACACAGAAAAUUUGAAAACACAGAAGACUCAGCAGAAGAAGAAAAGUGAGAAUAUCUCAGAUUCUGAGACUUCAGUAAGUGAUUCGUUGUCUGUUCAUAGCGAGUUUGAGAAUGAAACCUUUUCGGAAGACGAUGAUUCUGAAAUAAGCUCGGAAGUAAGUAAUAUAAGUCGAAAUAUAAGUAUAUAACAGGAAGCUUAUUAUGCAGUAUGCUACGAAAGCUGGUAUUAUUGGAAGGAUCAUAAAAGUGGUAGAUAAUGCAAAAAGUGAGAUAAAGUUUUUAAAAUUAGAACUAGAUAAGUAUGUUUGGCCAAGAGAGGACGAUAAACAAAUUGUUAACAAUAAGUUCAUUUUUUAUGGUCCAGUGUCAUUAAUGGGUAAUGGACCUUUUCAUUUAAGACGAAAUGAGAAAAUAAAAAUUGAGCAAAUUUUUAAGACCAUUAAGAAAGAGCUAAAAGAGUUUUUGUAAAAUGUUUUGUUUUUUAGACAUGUUUCUUAAUAUUUUUUUUAUUAAAAUUUGUGUAAGACAUAGGUAUUCGUUUAUUGUCUUCUACAAAACCCUUAAAAAACUGCCC